AUGCAGAAACAACAAUUUGAUAGUAGCGAUUGGGAUCUGUUGCCCACCGCGCCGCUGACUACUGACCAGGAGAAAAUCAAUGAGAGAGCGCGGGAACUUCUGGAGAGAAACCGGAGGUACGGGAGACUGCUGAAAACGGGCGGCGAUCCGCUCCCAGAGCGAAGGCGGUACGAAAGAGACCUGGACUCAACAGAUAUACAGGAUGGGGACGUUGUCUCCAAUAGUGGUCCGUACGAGAACGAGCUCGACAUAUCGCACGUUCCGGACGAUUUCGAUGAAGAAUUUGAAGACAGAUCUGAAUCAGAGGUCUUAAGUACCGUUAACGGUACAAAUUCCAUAAUAGCGCCGCGGUCCGUCGAGACUCGUAGAUACCAAAGGCCAAAUAAGUUUGGCCAACUGGAGAAGAAGAUCAAAGAUAUACAGAGGAAGAGAAUUGACGGAACUGCGGCCCAACAGGGGAAGAAAUUUAGACCGAGUAAUUUGGCUUUGUACGAAAUCAGGAAGUACCAACAAUCCACGGACCUUUUAAUAUCAAAGAUACCAUUUGCUCGAUUGGUCAAAGAGGUUGCCAGUGACUUUGUAUGGGAGAGCGAACCCCUAACUUGGCAGUCGAUGGCGAUCUUGGCAUUGCAAGAAGCAAGCGAGGCUUAUCUGGUGGGCCUCUUGGAACAUGCCAAUCUACUGGCUUUGCACGCGAAAAGAGUCACAGUGACCAAAAAGGACAUACAAUUGGCUAGACGGAUCAGAGGUCAGUUUAUCUAG